AUGGAGUCAGAGAAGGGUUCUCCCGCCGUUGCGGUAGAUCCGACAAUACCAUCGACAACCACCCCGGGGACGAGCGAGCCGGUGCCCGUCCCGGUGCUGGCGGCCGGGGAUGACGCACCGCCCAAGAAGCGCAGGCCGGCCCGCUUCUGGAUGGUCAUCGUGGCCCUCAGCCUGCUAGCCUUCAUCUCGGCCCUCGACGCCAUGAUCCUGGGCACCGCGCUGCCCGCAAUCACUGCCGAGCUCGGCGGCUCGUCCGUCUACGUGUGGAUCGCCAACUGCUUCGUCUUUGCCGCGGCCGCCGUGCAGCCCCUGAUCGGGCAGCUGUCCGACAUCUUUGGCCGCAAGGGCCCGACCGUCGCAUGCGUGGCGCUCUUCACCGUCGGUAGCGGUGUGGCCGGUGGCGCGACGAGCCCGGCCAUGUUCAUCACCGGCCGCGUCAUCCAGGGCGUCGGCGCCGGUGGCAUUUACGUGCUCAUCGACAUCAUCGCCUGCGACCUGUUCCCGCUCCGCGACCGUGGCAAGUGGCUUGGCAUCAUCAACGCCUGGGCCGGCCUUGCUGCUGCUCUGGGCCCGGUGCUGGGCGGCGUCCUCGGCCAGAACGCCUGGAGAUGGAUCUUCUACCUCAACAUCCCCAUUUGCGGCAUCGCACUCGUCACCAUCGUGCUGUUCAUGCACGUCCGCAGCGGCAGCCCGGCGUCCAGCAUCACGUCGCUCGACGUAGUCGGCAACCUCAUCUUUAUCCCCAGCAUCAUCUCGGUGCUCAUUGGCCUGGUGACGGGCGGCGUCGUGCACCCGUGGUCAUCGUUCCGCGUCAUCGUGCCCAUCAUGCUCGGCGUGCUCGGCUGGAUCGGCUUCCACCUGCACCAGCACUUCCUCGCCCGCAACCCGGGCGUGCCCUCGCGCCUCUUCAGCAACCGCACCUCGGCCGGCGGCUACCUCCUGACCUUCUUGUCAUCGGUCCUCCUCCAAACCGCCGGCUACUUCCUGCCCGUCUACUUCCAAGCCGUCCUCGGCACCACCGUCUUUGACUCGGGCAUCUUCUUCCUCCCCUUCGCCAUCGGCACGCUCUUCGCGGCGGGAAUCGGCGGCGUCGCCCUCAGCCACUUCGGUGUCUACCGCCCCAUCCACGCCAUCGCCUUUGCCCUCAGCGCCCUCGGCUUCGGCCUCUUCACCCUCCUCGACUCAAGCACCCCCAAGGUCGCCUGGGCGUGGUACGAGCUGCUCAUGGUGUUCGGGCUCGGGCCGACCAUCUCGGCCAUCCUCCCGGCCAUCCUCGCGGGCCUCCCGCAGGCCGACGUCGCCGCCGCCACCGCCGUCUUUUCCUUCAUCAAGACCUUCGGCUUCGUGUGGGGCGUGUCGGUCCCGUCCAUCAUCUUCAACGCCGUCGUCAACAACAACUUGGCCGCCGUGCGGGACGCCACCCUGCAGAGCCAGCUCGUCGACGGCGGCGCCUACGCCUUUGCGAGUCGGGCCCACGACCUGGCGCCCACCAUCGACCCGGCCGUGUGGGCCGAGGUUGUCAGAGUCUAUGUGACCAGCCUGAAGGCCGUGUGGUGGUGGGGGGUCGCCCUCAGUAUCGUGGGCGUGUUUUCUGUGGCUAUCGAGGACCAUUUGCACUUGUCGACCGAGCUGGAGACCGAGUACGGGCUGCAGGAGAAGGGGGCGCCCGCGCAGGGGGGGGAUGGUACGGCGGAGUCGGCGGAGACGGGGUCGGCGAGUGUAUAG